AUGGAGGCUUCACGCGGCCCUCCCAGGGUCAAGAACAAGGCCCCAGCUCCUCAGCAAAUUAGCGCAGAACAGCUGCUCCGUGAGGCCGUCGACAGACAAGAGCCAGGACUACAGGCGCCUACGCAGCGAUUCGCAGAUCUCGAAGAGCUUCAUGAAUUCCAAGGUAGGAAACGGAAGGAGUUCGAGGAUUAUGUGCGAAGGAAUAGGAUAAACAUGAACAACUGGAUGCGAUACGCACAGUGGGAACUUGAGCAGAAGGAGUUCCGCAGAGCAAGGUCGAUUUUUGAGCGGGCUUUGGAUGUGGAUUCCACCUCGGUCAUACUAUGGAUCCGCUAUGUCGAGGCGGAGAUGAAGACAAGGAACAUCAACCAUGCGCGCAACAUACUAGACCGAGCUGUGACAAUCCUGCCGCGAGUGGAUAAGCUGUGGUACAAAUAUGUGUACAUGGAGGAGACUCUGGGAAACGUGGCGGGCACUCGACAAGUCUUCGAGCGGUGGAUGUCAUGGGAACCAGAUGAGGCCGCAUGGUCAGCGUAUAUCAAGCUCGAGAAGAGAUACAAUGAGUUUUCUAGGGCACGAGCUAUUUUCGAGCGCUUUACCGUGGUCCAUCCAGAGCCCCGGAAUUGGAUCAAAUGGGCAAGGUUUGAGGAGGAGAAUGGAACGAGCGAUCUCGUCCGCGAAGUGUUCGGCAUGGCUAUCGAGACGCUAGGAGACCAUUUCAUGGAUGAACGGCUGUUCAUUGCCUACGCUCGCUACGAGGCAAAGCUUAAGGAAUAUGAGCGUGCCAGAGCAAUCUACAAAUAUGCCCUGGACCGGCUUCCAAGGUCAAAGGCCAUGACCUUGCACAAGUCAUAUACAACCUUCGAGAAGCAAUUUGGUGAUCGAGAAGGCGUAGAAGAUGUCAUACUCUCCAAACGACGGGUCCAAUAUGAGGAGCAGAUCAAAGAGAACCCCAAGAAUUACGACGUCUGGUUCGACUUCGCCAGGUUAGAGGAGAUGUCACAGGACCCAGAGCGAGUGCGAGAGGUGUACGAAAGAGCGAUUGCACAAAUCCCACCGACGCAAGAGAAGCGACAUUGGCGAAGGUACAUAUACUUGUGGGUGUUCUACGCUUUGUACGAGGAAAUGGACAAUGGAGAUAUCGAGCGAGCUCGCCAAAUAUACUCAGAAUGUCUAAAGCUAAUACCACACAAGAAAUUCACAUUCGCCAAGAUCUGGAUCAUGAAAGCGCAAUUCGAGGUCAGACAAAUGCAGUUACAAGCCGCAAGGAAGACUAUGGGCAACGCUAUAGGCCAGUGUCCCAAGGACAAACUGUUCAAGGGAUACGUCGAGCUUGAACUGAAGCUCUUUGAGUUCGUCAGGUGCCGGACUCUUUAUGAAAAGUACAUUGCGUGGAACCCUGCCAAUUGUCAAGCCUGGAUCAAAUUUGCUGAGCUAGAAAGGGGUCUGGACGACUUGGACCGCACGCGUGGUCUCUUCGAGCUUGCAGUCGACCAGCCUGUCUUGGACAUGCCGGAGCUGCUUUGGAAAGCGUAUAUUGACUUUGAAGAGGAAGAAGGGGAGUACGGCAGGACGAGAAGGCUGUAUGAGCGACUGUUGGACAAGACAGACCACGUCAAAGUCUGGAUUAGCUACGCGCAUUUCGAAAUCAACGUACCUGAAGAAGGCGAGGAGGAAGAUGAAGAACAGGAGGACCGGCCAAUCAGCGAAGAAGCUAAGCAACGCGCUCGCGAGGUCUUUGAGCGAGCGUACAAGAGCAUGAGAGAAAAGGAACUCAAAGAAGAGCGCGUCGCCCUCUUAACCGCCUGGAAAUCCUUCGAAGGCACACACGGCGCACCCUCAGACAUCGAAAAAGUCGACAAGCAAAUGCCGCGCAAAGUCAAGAAGAGGAGAAAGCUCGACGACGACAGCUUCGAAGAGUAUAUGGAUUAUGUUUUCCCUGCAGACGACGAGUCAGCGGCGAAGAUGUCGAAGCUGCUGCAGAUGGCGCACCAAUGGAAGCAGACGCAGGGGGAGAAUGGGGUGGCGUAG